UUGCGCAAUAGGCAGUUUGCUAUCGAGAAGCUGAUCCUAAAAUACUGACAGUUUACAAGUAUAUCCCGGUCUCUUCUCUUUUAUCUCGAUUCAGUGAGGUAGCCAUUUCACACAAAAUAAAAUGAAGUUCUUUCCCUAUAUUUUCUUAUUGGUAUCGACAUGUGCAGCACAAGAUACGUUUCUUACUACUAAAGUUUUUGUGAUGCCAAUAGUUCCAUCAUUGUUUAACUGGACGUUGCAAGGACAUACCAGUCAGUAUACGUAUCGACCAUCCUUAUUAAAUGCCCCAGAUCUUCCAGAGUGGAUCCAUUAUACACACAGCAGAUCAAAUGGCAAAGGAUAUUUGUAUGGUGUACCACCAAUGAAACAGAAUGAUUUGGAGUUGGAAAUUGUUGGACUAAACAAAGGAACAUAUGAAACACAGUGUGAGACAGUCUUGUUGAAAGUUGAAGAAAAACCAGAUCCAGCAAAAUAUGAAGUCCAGCUGAAGAUUGAUAACUUGAAUGUUGAGGAUAUGUUUGAUGAACUUAGAAUGAACAGACUCUUAGACGUAUUUCGAAAUAAUCUGUGGCCACAGAGCCAUGCUGAUUUAUAUGUAACAUUCCUUGAAUCAGCUGUGCAGCUGGGAGCCAGAUUACCUUUGAGCCCAAAUGAAAGGGAAGGAGUAGUUUUGAAGCUGGGAAGCCAAGUUGAAUUUUCUGCUGCACUAAUUGAACUGCAAGAAGAAGUGAAACCACUGUGGAAAUUACUGUCCUGCCCAAGAGAUUUUAAACGUACAACAGUUGACAGAUUCUUCAGAGAUGCAGGCUUUGCAUUAGAUUGGUGUGCAUUCAGAUUGGUAAGUGGUGCACAGGUAAUUACUGAAGAGUUGUCAUCUUUGAGACAUCUGGCACAUCAUGAAGUAGGUGUAGUGGACCAUUACAAUAAUCUUAUAGAGUCAGAUACAAUAUGGUCCGCACCCUCAAAGGCAGAAGUUCCACAAAGAAGUUAUGUUAAUGAGUUUGUUGCAACAAUUUUAGUGCCAAUGCUGAUUAUGAUAUGCCUUGUUAUCAUAUUGUCCUUAAUACUUUGCUUUCACCACGAAGGGAUGUUUGAUGAAUCAGAUGAAUACUUUGAGUCACUGUUUGAUAUAUUUGAACAAUUAUUGAGAAGCAAACGGAACAAGCAGCUGCCUGCAGUGCAAAUGGUUCAGUACACUGCUGUCCAUCGAGCAACAAAUACAUUGCGCUCUUUGUCAAACCAACGUGAUGCCUGCACUGUUCCAUCAGAAGUUGCUUCUUAUAAAGUUCAGAAUUCCAGCCCAAGCAAUUCAUUACUAAAAACAACCAUUCCUAGGACUGUGGGUGAAAAUUCCUGCUACAGGCCCAAUCCUCCACCAUAUUCAGGAUUUCCACAGAGCACAUCAGAUCAUGUGGAUUUCUGACUUCCGGACAAAUACAAAAUGUGGUAUUGUUAAAUCUGUGGAAAACAGGAUUAUUGCUACCAGUGUGUGCUGAGCAACAAGAAAAGUGAUUUCCUGAUGUGUGAUGUGAGGCAGUAUUACUAGCUUCAUCAUUCAAAAGAGUAUUAAUUUGUUCCUGCAAUUCAGAAUUAUCUUGUGCAGUGGUUGCAGCAAACCAUAUAUUUGAAUGAUGUACAUAUUCAUCAUGCAAGUAAUGAGCCAAAAAUAAUAAAACAAUGGGACUCCAGGUAGUAAUGUCAACAAUGUAGGAAAAGAUAGAUUGCUACCUACCAUAAAGAUGACACGUAAAACUAAAGACAGACGCAAUUAAAAGACAUUUACACAAAGCUUUUGGACAUUUUCUUCAUCAGCAAAAGCACAACAAACAUCAUUCAUUCACCUAACACACACACGUGACCGCCAGCAUCAGUAGCUCAGGCCAGAAUGUGGAGUUGGCAGUCAUGUGUGCAUGAGACAUGCUCACUUGUGUGAAUGAAUGUCAUGUAUUUCUCUUUUGCUGAUGAAGGCUGUGUCUGAAAGCUUUGUGUAAGUGCCUUUUAAUUGCGCCUGUCUGCAACUUAAUGCGUCAUCUUUACGGUAAGUAUCAAUCUAUCUUUUUCUAUAUUGUACACAAAAAUAAUAGUUAUUUUUCAAAUUUUGAAGCUGAAAGCUUUGUUGAUAUCUAAAAUAGUUAUAAAAACUUACAUGUUUGUUUCUUCCGUGUUAUUGCCUUUUUGUUGAUUAUUGAAGUAGUCUAGCUAUUUAAGGUUCAAAAUUUUCUACAUAAUUGUGUUCCAUUAUCCACUGCACUUGCUGCUAAAUGCCUGUGCCCAUUGUAACUACCGUUGUUUAGAUUGGCGUUGUCUCAUUCACUUCGCUGAACUUAUCUGUGAUGUCCCUCAUAUCAGCCACACAUGCUGACCACAUUGUCCUUGACAAUACUGGCUGCACUUUGUGAUAGUCAGCCCGUGAACCCUGCAGAGAAUACCACAGUGUGAUUUGUGGAGCACAGCCCAGUAAACAUGCACCUUAACAUAGGAAAUCCUAUGAAACUUGAAUAAACUUAUUUGCUCUUAGUCUUAUCGGCUUUGCAAAAAUUAUAUUGCUUUGAAGUUUUUCUUUGAUCUGAAGAUUGUGGUGGGAAAAAAAAUAUUGGUUGAUAGACUAAGAAAUAGAUGUAAUUUAUUGAUGUAUAAUAGUGACGCAAAAAAAGGAAAACAAGUACAUCAGUUAUAUGAAACUAUUUUUGUCCUGCAUGCUUAAAUCUGUUACCCUCAACACCCUGUAUCACUUUGUACAUUACUUGUAUAGUGUAUGGCUUUGUAGUGUAGUCAUAAUUGUAAGAAAGCAUUAAAACAAAGCAUUUGUACCAAUAUUCACAGAUAAGAUAUUUUACUGUAAUGGGCAGUGAACUUGCUGCAGCAUAUGUUACAAGUAUGUAGAUAUGUAUAACUAUAUUCAUAAGGUAGUUGAUUUGGCAAUAUUCUCCAUAGAAUAAUAACCACAUUUUUCAAAAAUGUUUCAUUCAGAAUAAGUUUGUUUUGUGGUGGAAAUAGUUCUCCAAAUAUUCCUACAGCAAAAGAAAUAAAAUGUUUGAGCAUUAGGUAAAUAAGCAGAAAAUAGAGCAUUAAUUUUGAUACUGAUAAAUAUAUGAAUACCCAAGACAUACACAUGCUUUACUGUAUCAUCUCAAGAGACAUUCUCAAGAAACAGAGAUUUGGUAGUGUAAGUUCAGAACCUUCAAUGUGUGGUAGAGACUAUAAUUAGCAGCUUCUACAUUCUUUAGUGUGCCUGCCUACCAACUAUCAGUUCUUCCACACUCUAUCUUCACAUGAAAAAAUACUUGUCAAAGCUAAUUCCACA